AUGUACUAAUAGAUUCGAGUCUUCAAGACGUCGAACAGAACAUGAUGAUGCCGCAUUGCAUAAGGUAGCCUCUAGAAAAAUGUAUUUACGCAUAACUCUUUUCAUCAUCUGCAUGUGCAGGGUUGUGGAUGCGUUUACGACAAGAUCUUCAUUAUGCCACUACGCUGUCCCAUCCAAAUGCAGCGCAACUCCAAAAGAGUCGUCUUCCGCAUUUCCAAAGGUGAGAUCGAUACCGCCUUCCUCUCUGUUCCUUUCCUCUGAGAACAAUGAGAACGCCCUAUAUGUGCCAAAAGGGAUUACUCUUAAAAUUGCAUUCGAUUCGCAGGGGGGAGUUGCUGAUUUGUCUAGUGAAAAAUCAGAACGUUUCACGUGUGGAGAAAGUCUUGAUAUGGUACACCGGUUGAGGCGUGUUUCAGACGCUGUGUUGGUAGGACGCUCCACCGUCGAGAUCGAUGAUUGCACCUUGACGGUAAGGAGAGUUCCACUCCUACCACUUGAUAAGGAGCCAUCCAACGGUACGGCACCAAAAGCGAAAAAAAAACAACCUUUUCGAGUCGUUUUGGACCCAAAUCUCGAUCUCGAAUUAGAUCAGUUCAAAAUUUUCCAAGACGGAUUGGAAACGAUUGUUAUACAUGCUUUGUCAGAUAGUGAUCUGGUUGACGCAGGRUCAAAAUCAACUAGUGCGGACGAAAUGGGCAAUAGUUACUUUGUCAAAUCAACCAAAAAGGAAUUUCCCGCUGUAACAUUUCUUGGACUUCAACCUAUCAUCGAUCAAGAUAAAUUACGUCUCUGUACUCGGCAAGUACGCGAUAUUCUUGCAGAAGAAUUUGGUAUUCAUCACAUUAUGGUAGAAGGAGGCCCUAAUACUGCUCUUCAGUUUCUAAGGGACAAAACGGUGGAUCGUGCCAUUUUGGUUUAUGCUCCCAUAUCAUUUAAAGAUCCUUUGCUAUCCAAUAUUUCGACGUCGGUUCUCGAGCAAGCGGGUCUAGAGCCUAUUGAAGGCUAUAAAUUGGGAGUUGACUCRCUGAAGUGCUACUCUCGACCCGAACUUUCGUGGCCGUCGACUCCCAUUAAAUCCUGGCCCUGAUUUAUUAAAUAUUUGGCAAUUCCGAUUUUCUCCGCAAGAUGUAUUGCAUUAUGGAGCACGCCAUAUGGCUUUCAUUUGAUCUGUUCUGUAUCGUUGGGUGCACCAACUCUCUUCCAUUGGCGUGGUUAUUCCGAACUGAAGUGCGAAGAUUCCAGCUUGAGCAAUCAUCGCCCCAUUAUCAAUGCAAUAUCUAUGAUCCAUAGCGCUGACACCUCCACCCCGUUCUUCCACCAUUUGCCGCAUCAUUUCCUGUAAUCGUUUGUUGCAUCCAACCCCUCCCACAAUCAGGACUUGCGUCUGUCCCGUGUGCGCCAUUGCCCUUUCUGUUGUCUCCACUAGCAUGGCGAAUAGGGUUUCUUGUAAAGAAAAACAAAGAUCUUCCUUUCGUUCCGUCUUGGCUAGUUCCUCGACCUUUGUCAAAAUUCCUGAAAAACUCACAUCCAUCCCUUUGACAACAUAUGGUAAUGGAAUGUAUUUUGUSCCCUUCUUUGCUUCUUGUUCGAUGUUAUAGCCUGGUGAUGGAUCAUUUGAAAGUUCAAUCACCCUAGCGAAUCGGUCCAAGCAAUUUCCUAUCGCAAUAUCGAUGGUUUCCCCAAAUAUACGGUAGCGUUGAUUUGAGUAGGCAAUAAUCUGAGUGUUUCCUCCACUGACGUAUAGUACCACUGGGUUUGGUGCUCCGGUAGCUAGUCGUCCCAUUUCAAUGUGGCCAACACAAUGGUUGACACCCACCAAGGGCACAUUCCAUAACAAUGACAGAGUUCGAGCACAGAUUGCACAUGAUUGAAGAGGCCCGCCCAUCCCAGGACCCUUUGUGAAGCAAACUGCGGUAAUAGAUAUAAUUCAAGGUC